AUGAAGAAAAAUGUCGAUGAGGCCGAGUUAAAUUGGAACAGCGAUUCUUGGCCGAUGAUCCGAGCGGCGAUCGUUGCGGGUUGUUACCCCGGAAUUGGAUUUGUGAAACUUGGAAACAAGCUGAAGAAAAUCCGAACAAGCACCGAGCCAAACGCGCAACUUCAUGCUUCUUCGUCAAAGUACUUGGAUCCUUACUCAAUACGUAGCAGUGUCGAUCCAUCAUCCAUGCCUUUGCCUGAAUUGGAAUCCCUUUCAUUUUCACGAGAAGCACCUCCUUUGAGCGAUCAUCUCAUCAUGACAUUUUUGACAGUCAUU